AUGUGCGGGAAGGGGAUACACAACAUCCGGACGUUCCUGCUGACUUGCUUGAGCGGGUCGGUGGGGAAUAUUCUCCACAACACGGACGUAGACAAGCAGGAAGCGCGUUGCUACCUUGCGGCUGACGACGAGGGGGCUAGCCACGACGGAGAGAGGGGCCCAACCGGGGACGCCGCUCAACCCUGCCAAUCGGAGGAAGGUAGCCAAAAUGGUCAAAGCCGCGCCAAGCAGUGCUUCAACAAACAGGAGGAUUUUUUACGCAAGUGCAAGAAAGUUCAUAGCCUUCGGAAGAGUUUGGAAAAUGCCCAGGUGAGAACGGGGGACACCUUCGGCUUUAGGGACGACAUUUUGCGGUACUACAUAUGA